CGCAACCCGGUUGCUGAUCCCUCUUCAUCGCUCGUUUUCGCCUCGUUAACCUCCUCUACUCUCACUUGCUCAUCACUACACACUCCGACAGGCUGAUCAUUUCUCUGCCAAGAAAUACUCGAUUCCACUUCAACUCACUUCAUCUCACAUAUCCGCCACCAUGAAGGUUACCAUCAUCGCCGUGGCCAUGGCCGCCUGCGCCGUUGCCGCACCCAUUGCCGAGAGACUCGAGGGCCUUGAACGCUACGCCGGCCACGAGGGCCACGAAAGCUACGCUCGGGAUGCUGCACAGAUGGAGGGCCGGGCCUACGCCGACCGCUUCGAGGGCAACGCUUACGCCGACCACAUCGAGGGCCACGAGGCUUACGCACGGGACGCUGCACAGAUGGAAGGCCGAGCCUACGCCGACCGCUUCGAGGGCAACGCGUAUGCCGACCACAUCGAGGGCCACGAGGCUUACGCACGGGACGCCGCACAGAUGGAAGGCCGGGCCUACGCCGACCGCUUCGAGGGCAACGCUUAUGCCGACCACAUCGAGGGUCACGAGGCCUACGCUCGCGAUGCUGCACAGAUGGAAGGCCGAGCAUACGCCGACCGCCUCGAGGGCAACGCUUACGCCGACCAUAUCGAGGGCCACGAGGCUUACGCACGGGACGCCGCACAGAUGGAAGGCCGGGCCUACGCCGACCGCUUCGAGGGCAACGCUUACGCCGACCACAUCGAGGGCCACGAAGCCUACGCUCGCGAUGCUGCACAGAUGGAGGGCCGAGCAUACGCCGACCGCCUCGAGGGCCUUGAGCGGUACGCCGGCCACGAGGGUCACGAGGAGUACGCAUGAUGGAGAGGAUUGUAAGCAAAAUGAUUUGAAAGGCUCUCUUGACUUGAUAGAGAUCGAGCGCAGGUAGACGAGACCAAGAUGCAUGCAAAAUGAAUUCCACUGCUUGA